AUGACAAACGACGAAGUCACUGAAGAUACGAAUGCUUACAGAGGAUUUAUUAAAGCCCUUUAUAGAACAAUCGAUGGGCCCGUAACUUAUUUCCGAGAGAAGGUUGUCGAGCCGAACCAGAAGAAGUAUCCGUGGUACCAUCAGAAGUUCCGUCGUGUGCCAACCAUUGACCAAUGCUACGAUGAUGAUGUCGUCUGCGAUUUUGAGGCGAACGCUCAGUUCAAACGUGAUAGGGCUGUUGAUUCCGAGAUCCUAGGAAUUCUGCGUCAGCGUUAUGAAGACUGCAUGGUCUAUGAACGCCCCGACCACGCUAAGCAUUGCAAACCUCUUUGGGACAAGUACAAGGAAUCUGAAGAGGCCUGGUUUAUCAAAUAUGGUGAUCUUGGUGCAUAUGCUGAUGCUCGGAAAGCGUACAUGAAACAGAAGCACCGCAUGGUCUGGGAAAAACGCCACGGACGCCUGUCCGACCUGACAGGUUAA